CCUAAACGCAAAAAGAUUUUCGUGAACAUUUCAUGAACUUUAUUGUGUUUCUGUAAAAUGUCUAUGAGAUGUCUCCAAGUGUACAUCUUUUUUUUUAAUGAUGGGUCUGCAUAUUUUAUAUUAGUUUAGACUCCAUUCAGCCAUCCAUUUCUUUUCCGGUCUGUGGUGAAGUUGGUAAUAAUCCUCGACUAUCAGUAGCUACCUACCAGUUGUAUUUAAUCUAUAUCUUUUAUAUAAUUUAAGUUAAUAACUGCAUGUGGCUUUGACACAUCUGAACUUGUCAAAGAUGAAGGAACGACAAUUUGGUGUAAUUAGAAGUACUACGAAGAUAAUUGCUGGAAACGGGAAAAUGUUACUAAAUUAUACCAAGUACAAUAGAUUACAUGAAUAACAACAACGAAAAAUCGAAAAGAGUAGUAUUUUGAUCACUUUAGUUAUAGAUGCAGUAGGUGUCACUGAGCUGUACGUAACACAUUACGAGUGCAUUGGUGAGCCACUUGUAAUACCAAUUUAUGGAUUGAUAGCUGUAAAAAAAGUUGACCCAUAGGUCUCAACUGAAUCGAAACACUUAUUGUUUGUAACCUUUACCAAGAAACCUUAACCCAGACAUUAUACUGAAUUUAGAAAAAUGAGUCGAAUGGGUGAUAUUACAUAGUCAUUAUUAUUGAAAGUAAUACAGCAGAGAAAGGUAGACAGAACUGACUUAGAGGUGAGUCAUUUACUGGGUGGUUUUUGACCAGGAACAAGUGAAAGUGUAUUCAAUCUACGAACCAUCUGUGAAAGAGUAUCUGAAGCACAAAAAGACAUUUGCGUAUGUUUAAUUGACUACACUAAAGCGUUUGAUCGAGUCGAGCAUUCGAAGAUGAUAGAAUGUUUAUCUGGCAUUGGGACCUGUAGCUAAACUUCAUUGGGAACUGGCCGUAGCCCAAAGAACAGAGGAUGGAUUAACAACUAAAGUCAAAAUGAAGGGGUACGGCAGGAUUGUGUGCUACCACCAUGUCCGAUUUGUAUACUGAAAAAAAUAUUCAGAGAAGUCGAAGAUAUGGAAGUUGUGAAUGUAGGGGAAAUCAUUGAAAAUCUGAGAUAUUCAGAUGAUAGAACAAAUUCAGACUUACAGGUACGAUAGUUUGUAACAUCAGUCAAUAAAAAAAGAAAACCAUACAGAUGAAAAUGAACAUUACAAAAAUAAAAGGAAUUGUAGUGAUCAGAAGAAGCCAGUGCUAGAAGUUAAUAUCAGUCGCCAAACUUUUGUUUCUCUCGUAACUAUCGUUUGCAUUAUUUCAUUGUACUUUCAAAAGUGAUUGAUUUUACAGGAAUACAGUGUGGUGUAGUAUGAGGCAUUUUCCAUGUUAUGUGCAAUUAUUUGUCCUUAAUUGAAUUUCAUUUGUUAUGAUCAUGUUGGAAAAAUACGAGAACCCACCUGAGACCACUUAACGUGAUUGGUUACAUCAUGUUCAAAAAUAUUUUCUAUCGUGGCAUCACAGAAUAAACGGCCCAUCACAAUGCUUUGGGUAUAUAGUAUCCCCCAUUAUACACUAAAGAUAAACAACAAACCUCCUGGCCUGGAACCAGCUGAAGAGAAUUCUCUAGUUCUAUCAAAGUCAAUGAAGAGCGGCCGAUGUAGGCCCUCAAAAGAUGCCAGAUAAAAUAUUAACUUCACCAUUUCUGUGAAUUCCAUCUUUUUAGGUCUAAGAUUAUUAUAAAUCGAUGAAAUGAAAAAAGAUAAAAGUAAUUCUGAAUUUUACUACCCAGCAUAUAAAUAACAUUAUAUGCCUACAAACUCGUCCUAUCAAAUAUUAUUGUUUUCAGAUCAGAGUGAUCAAUAACAGGACAUUUCCAUAUUUUUGCGUCACCAUUAAUCAGAUGAAAAACAUAUACAUUACUGGGAAGCAUGCAGAGUUUUUACUACGCAAAGAUACUGUUUUUGAGCUUGGCAGUGGCGGUAACCUUUGUGCGAAUUUAUAUGUGCACGGUUUGCAAUGUCAUUUAAAAAGUCUGUUGUUAAGGACAUUGGGAAGCUAUUUUCUAACAAAAUUUCGGUAUUGUUUGCAUAAACUGACUCUUUCACGAUAUAAAUCUUUACGACAGUUAUCAUGGAGCUAGAAAUACCAUUUAAACUGUUUUUGUUUACGACAUUUCUUGCAAUGUUCACAAGACAACAGAAGGUGAAAUACACACGUGGUAUAGGUACCAAAGACGCCAUUUUACCGUCGUCUACAUUGAAGAAGGUGACAGCCGCGAGCGCUGUAAGCUGUACAUUGCAAUGUUCUCAAACUAAAGGAUGCCGUUCCUGGAACUACUAUAAAACUAGGAACAGAGAAAAUUGUGAACUAAAUUCCCUCAAGGCUCUCAACAGUGACAUACUAGUACGUCAUGACGGCGGGAUCUAUUAUCAGGACGCCAAGGAAGAAAUGGAUUGCAAUGAUCUGGAUGGUGCAGGAAUGUUGCCAAUUAAAAUAACAGGCUUUGGAACAAAGGAAGUUUAUUGUGACAACGGAUGGCUUGUUUUGAUGAGAAGAUAUGACAAUACAAUGAACUUUAACAGAAACUGGACUGACUAUAAGCUCGGUUUUGGGGAUCCCCGCCUACAGUUCUGGAUGGGCAAUGAGGCCCUUCAUGCGUUAACCAAUCAAGGAAAUUACUCCAUGCUGGUUGAUAUGUUGUCCUGCAACGGCAAUUAUUACUACGUCAAAUGGAACCUGUUUAGAAUUAAGAACGAAGCAAUGAAGUAUGCUGUUGACGCCAUUACUCUCGAGUCCUACAACACAACGAGCACUGCUGGACUUGAUGAAAUCCUUGGACUUCCUUUUGGAACCACUGACAACACUGAUACAACGUGUGCUGAGCGUCACGCCACGUAG